AUGAAGCACCUAGGCAUGCAGACUGUUUCUACAAACAUUUGUGAAAGAAUGGGCUGCUCUCAGGAUCUCAGUGAAUUCAAGUGUGGUACCAUAAUAGGUUGUCACCUGUGCAAUCAGUCCAUCUGUGAAAUUUCCUUGCUAAUAAAUAUUCCACAGUCAACUGUUAGUGGUAUUAUAACAAAGUGGAAGCAACUGGGAACAACAGCAACUCGGCCAUGCAAAAUGACAGAGCGGGGUCAGCGCAUGCUGAAGCGCACAACUGUCUGCAGAGUCAAUAGUUAAAGACCUCCAAACUUCAUGUAGCGUUCAGACUAGCACAACAACAGCACUACAGUGCAUAGAGAGCUUCAUGGAAAAGGUUUCAAGGGCCGAGCAGCUGCAUCCAUAUCUUACAUCACCAAGUGCAAUGCAAAGUGUUGGAUGCAGUGGUGUAAAGCAUGCCACCACUGAACUCUAAAGUAGUACUUGCCUGACCGCAGUGUGCCAAGUGUAAAGGUU